UGCGCAUGGGGGCGUAUCAGGAUGCAGCUGUUUCGCAACUGUGGUGCGGGCGGUACUUCAAUAUUUCCACAACUGUAACGUUACAUGAUUCCACUCCGAAGGGAAAAAUUCACAUUUCUCGUCGCCUUGCUCAGCGUUGGGUUAGUCGUAUAAAAAAACGAAAAUGGCAAACGUCGACCUUGUUCAGCUCGGAAAGAACGUGUUGAAGAGCGGUGAAACUGGCGAGAGUGUGGAGCUGCAGACCCUGUGGCAGGACCAGCCGGUGGUCUUGUUCUUCCUGCGCAGGUUUGGCUGUCAGGUGUGUCGCUGGAUGGCCACAGAGAUCAGCAAACUGGAGCCGGACCUGGGAGCCAGCGGUGUUGCGCUGGUGGGGGUCGGGCCAGAGGAGUUUGGGCUGAAGGAGUUCAUGGAAGGAGGGUUUUUUAAAGGAUCCAUUUAUGUUGAUGAACAAAAGAAAAGCUACAAGGAUUUGGGCUUCAAAAGAUACACAGCCUUGAGUGUGGUACCUGCUGCUUUGGGGAAGAAAGUAAGAGAUGCGGCUUCGAAGGCCAAUGCUGAAGGCAUCAAGGGAAACUUCUCGGGAGAUCUGCUCCAGAGCGGAGGCAUGCUCAUUGUGUCCAAAGGUGGAGAAAAGGUCCUACUGCAUUUUAUCCAGGAUUCCCCAGGAGACCACGUACCUCUGGAGGAGAUUUCCAAGGCUUUGGAUAUCUCAUCCAAAGCAAAAGCAGGACAAAUGCCCGUGUGCAAUGACAGCGUUUGCACACGAUGAGGACAGCUACACAUCUGGAAUGUCAGCAAAAAGCUAACGUGAACAUAAAACUACUGUCAACAUUCUUAAUUACCUUAAUGUCUUUGUAACAAUCACACAUGAAACAUAAUCUACAAUGAAAGCAACAGGGACUUUCCUUUUGUCUUUAACAUUUAAUUGUAUCUGAACUUUUGCACUUAAACUAAUGUUUUGUUUUCAUCUAGCUUGACUUUAUUACAAUCAGUUCAUAAAUGAAUAAUUUGUAUAAAUUAUAAUAAAAGUUUAAAAACAUUGAGUGGAUGCAGGUGAUCCUCACGUCAUAACUAUAGAAAUGUAUUGCUCAUGUGGCAUUUUUCUACUGAAGGCUAACUUAAUAUUAUGAUUUUAUACGGUCAGCACUAUAAUUCUAUUAGUAGAAUAUAAACAAAUAAAAUGUAAACAGGCAUUAAAACCCUUUCACAGAUGA